GUGGAAAGAUCUCAACUUCCUGGUGUCGAGCAGCCAAUCUGGAAGUGCUUGACUUGUCCCACAAUGCUUUGCAUUGCACAAUACCAUCAUGUCUGGUUCAAAAUAACAGCAUUCUUGUUGUAGUGAAUCUUAGAGGAAAUCAUUUAAGUGGUUUCUUUAGAGGAAAUCAACACAGUUGUUCUUUAGAGACAUUGGAUCUUAGUCAAAAUCUCUUAGAAGGGAAAGUUCCUCCUUCCUUGAUCAACUGCACAGAGCUUAAGAUCUUAAAUCUUGGAAACAACAAAAUAAGUGAUACCUUUCCUUGUUGGCUCAAUAAAUUGUCAAAUCUGCACAUUCUGGUAUUGCAUUCCAAUCAUUUUCAUGGAAGCGUUUCUUGUCCCAUGCUUGGGGUAAACAACAGUUGGCCAAGUUUACAAGUCAUUGACUUAUCUUCCAAUAAUUUCAGUGGACAUCUACCAACUGAUUUAUUCUUGGCAUUAAAAGCUAUUUUGGUUGAGAGGAAUAAAUUAAACUCAAAGGCUGACUACUUGCACUUCACAUCUCGAUCGGAGGUUUGGAUUUACUAUCAAGAUUCAGUCAUACUGUCUCUAAAAGGCCAAACUUACACUAUAGAGAAAGUUCUAUCUAUCUUCACUUCUAUUGAUUUUUCAAGUAAUCAAUUUGAAGGCAGUAUCCCAGAGAGUGUUGGAGAGCUUAAACAGCUUUAUCUACUUAACAUCUCUCACAAUGCCCUAACUGGCAAUAUUCCUCCAUCUCUUCAAAACUUGAAAGCUUUGGAAGCACUGGACCUUUCAUCCAACAACCUAACAGGAAAUAUCCCAGUGCAACUAGAGAUCCUAACCUUCCUGGAAAUCUUAAACUUGUCAUACAACCAUCUCGCUGGAAGGAUUCCAAGAAGCACUCAAUUGGAUACCUUUGAUGCAAGCUCAUUCAUGGGAAACAAGGGGCUAUGUGGAUUCCAAAUUAAUGUAUCAUGCUCUGGCAUCGAUGAACCAGCAUCUCCAAUACCAGAAUCAGAAGAGAAAGAAUCAACUCACCACGCUGAUCUCUACAUUAGCGUUGCAUUUGGAUUUGUUGCAGGUCUAGGAGGAAUCUUUGUGCCACUUUUGCUAUCCAGCAAAUGGAGAUCAUAUUAUAACAAGAUGAUAGAUGGAAUUCUGUUAAAGAUAUUCUUUCAGAGAGGUCAAGGGAGAAGAAAGAAGUCUCGUUAGCAAAACUUCUUUUCAAUCAACAAUUUUGGUGCAUAUAUUCUUCUCGUCAACCACCUACGUUGCUUAGACGGUUCGGCUUCGUUUUUUCGUCCAAUCAGUUUCAUUCUCGUCGUUUCUCUCAACGGUAUUGGUGAAGUCAAAGGUCUGGUUGGGGUGGUGCGGAUGUUGCGUUUCUUCACGUUGAAGUGGUUGGACGGUCGACAGUGGUGUUGUUUAAGCUUCCGGCGGUGUCUUCCUAACGGAGAGAGGCGGUCGUGCAUGUCUCCGGCAGCGACGGAUUUACAGUCUGAGAAGCCAACAAUGGCGGAAGUCGGUGGUGGUCGUCGGCGAUGUAUGGUUCCGGUCCGGGAGAGGGUGUUGCGAAUACAGGUAGGGUUUUUCCUUCUUUUUUU